CUCGGACAUAUCGGAAAGUGGAAAAGACACGGUGCAAGCAGACAUUACCUUCGGCAAGUGCAUGUGUCGUAGAAAAUGUCACUCUUUUUUAAGGACAGGUGAUCGGAGCUAAAUAGCCGAAAUUUCGAGCUACCGGAUAUUUUGAGUGGUAAAAAUGCCGAAGAAAUUCGUAGGUGAGAAUAGUAAAGCCGUAGCUGCUAGAGCUCGCAAGGCAGCUGCGAAGGAGGCUGAGCACUCCCGAAAAGCUCAAGAGGCUGAGGACAAAGCUUGGGAGGAUGAUGAUAAACAAAUUCAGAAAAAGAAACAGAAACAGGAGGAACUAGAAAGAAAACGCCUCCAACAAUUGGAAAAGAAGGCAGAGGCGAAAGCCCUUCUCGAGCAAGAAUUGGCGACAAUAAAAAUAGGUGGUAAACAGUCAGCCUCAAAGAUCACAAGAGCAGAGAUAAUGUCAGCCACCGAGAAGCGAAACCAAGUGGCAAUGAAGAAGAAGGACGAUGAGAAACCGAUUGAGGAGAAUCUCAACAGAAUCGUGUUGGAAGGCGAAACCGCUCACGGAAUUGACGAGGCCCUCUCGAUCUUAAGCGUGAAAGAUCCCGAGAUCGAUCGUCACCCCGAGAAGCGCGUGAGAGCGGCUUACCUCAGUUUUGAGGAGCGCAUGAUGCCGAUAAUAAAGGAGCAAAAUCCAACCCUGAGACUUAGUCAGCUCAAACAGAUACUGAAGAAAGAAUGGAUGAAGUCACCUGAUAAUCCCCUGAAUCAGAGGCUCAUGAACAACUGAAACGAAACCGACUAAUAAAGUAUAAAACGGAGAAUUGUGGUGUUUUAAACGAUGCAAUCAACAAUACGAGAAUAAUUAAUAAUUUAUCAUUGAAAUCAAUGUGGUAGGAUACAUGGAGCAAAUAACAUUCAUAAAUCAUCUUUGGUACAUAACUGAACAUGCACAAAAUAUACAAAAUAAAAUACUCAACAA